AUAAUAGGUCAGCCCAUAAUGGGAAAUAUAACAUUGGGCCAGGUCGAGAAAGUGGAAUUGGUUAAGAGAGAAAGAGAGAGAGAACCUAUUCACCUCGUUUACCUUCCUUUUCCAUUCUUCCCUACUUCCCUACUCUUCUUCCUUAUUCUCUCUCCGGCCGCCGUCGCUCUACAACAGUUUUUCAAUUUCAGUAUAUAUUAUAUAACAGAAACAUGAUAAAGCGUCGAUUCUACAAGAUGGACCAUGGUGACAAAAACGACGAGGUCACUGACGACUCUUCUUCCUCCUCCGACUCCGAAGUUGAAGCACAAUCUCAAAGCGAUGAUGAUGUUGAUGGAGUUUCCCUUGAACAACUUAAAGGGGAUGAUGCUGAAGCUUGCUCUACCUCUUCCGGAUACGAGACUGAGGAUAGCUCCGCCAAUGAACUUGGUAUCGACUCCUCAGGUCUACCAAUAGAUGAAGAGGAUUCUGAUUCUGGAAAUGAAAGACCAAAUCGAAUUGACAGUCAGCUGUCAGACAAUGAGUUGGAUUUGGCAGGUUUUCCAGAAUGUGUUUUGAAGUCGAAAUCGGUUUUUAAGUGCAAGUUAUGCCCAAGAAUAGUCUGUUUAAAUGAGGAGUCAUUGAAGGCUCAUUUGAAGUCCAAGAGACAUUCCCGUUCAGAGAAAUUACUCAACGAGGGAAGGCUUAAGAGUAUUCUCAACAGUGAUGGGGAAAUUGACAAUGAAGACUUACCUGCAAAGCAACAUGAGGAAGCUGAACCUCCUUCACAGGAUAAACCAAAGAGGGAAAAAAGGGGCAGGCAGAGACAACGUCGUCGAUUACAGAACAAGAGGUCAAAGCAGAUGAAAACAGAACCUGAUUCUAGUCAUAAAAAAUCUAAGCCAACAAGAGAGAAGCCGCUGGCGAAGAGGAGUAAACAUGACAAGUGAAAGGUGUUAUUUGGCUGCUAAACAAGAGUAUGCAUACUGUGAGAAAUGGUAUGGAGACAUGACAUCCUCUUUUAGUUCGUUGGUUGGAGUGAUGUGGUUAGUGUCGAUCUGAGAAUACUUUUAUUUAUGUUUUGGUGUUUUCAAAGUUGUGUGCCCUAUUCUGUCUUCAGAUGAAGGUUGAUUCACUCUGUUGUAGCUUUUUAUUCUUCAUGUUUACUGUUCUAUGAGCAAUAACAAUUUUGUCAUUUAAUUUAA